UUCCGCAGGAUGAUAAUAGAUAAAUACGAAGACAUAUCUUCCUCCCGGAUUGCGAACUCUCCACAGCAGAUCUGUGUAUCUUCACCGUCGCACUCCUCUGGAAGGAACCUGCUGCAUCUUCUUAAUAUUUGUUGCAUCGAUCGAGCGGCGCCGACCUUUUGCCCUUUACAUUAAUUCCUUGAGGUUGGUUAUUGACUCGCACAUCCCUUGCUCCUGUUGUUGGCGACUCAAUCCUCCGACUAGGAUUCUUUACCUUAUGCUCACCCGAGCUCUACCCGCCGUCGGCCCCCCUUGUCGGCGGAUUGUGUCCCGCUUUCAACUUGUACCGCAACUCAAGUGUGCGAAAAUAAGCAGAGAGGCCAAGAGAUUUCUUGUCUUCCUGCUCCGCCCUGCCUGGAACCGUGAUUCGUUCCGUCUUCGACGUAAGAGUUCCGUCACGACACUGACGGAAGCGCUCACCUCAAGUUCGUGCGAGACGGAUACUCUUGUCGACGAUGGUGGGGAAUCAUCAUCUGAUCUAGCCCGCCGUAAGACGGUCCGCUUUGACGACGAACCAGCCAUCUUCUUUCGGAAAUCACGCAUAACGCCGCCCAAAGGGUCGCCAACCAAGUCACCAGAACGACCGUGUCUUGUGCGCAGGUUCAGCGAACUAUCAACUCCCACGUCUGACGACGCAAGUGACGGUGAUUCACAGUCAAUCUAUGAAGACUGCAUGUGCGACUUUGACCGUCAGCUUGUCCAACGUCUUCGCCCAAAGGACUCUCGCUCAUCCUUUUUCUACGAAACGGAGUCCGGCACCGUCAAGUUUGAUGAGCAAGGGUAUGGACAUUACUGUCUUACCAAGUAUCUGGACAAACAAAGAGCAGAGAUGAUGAGUCCCCAAACGAUCACGUUCGAACAUCCCGCGUUACUACCAUGGCCCAGUCGUAACCUCGCUCCUGAAAUGCCCCAACCACUAACAUGCGUACCACCAUCUUCCCUGCAGCUUGUCAUUUCCCCACCCCGAUCUCGGUUUCAACGCUUGCAGCAGUGCAUCGUGGACGAGAUCGAAAACGCCGUUGCCAUUUUGUGUAUUGGGGUCAUCAUUUACACGUGUAUAUUUGUCUUCUUUUUGUAUCGUGUCUUCACUGGUGGGCUUCUGCGAUCACACUGACGGGACUUUGGAGCGACAUCAUUGGGUUCACACUAUUUCACUCUACUCACUCUUUAUUGGGAUCUAUUUUUGUGGGAUUGUAGUAGUAAAUGUAUCAGUAUACCCGAAGUACGCCGGUGUAACCAGAUCAUCAGAUAAGGUCAAUAGUAAAUCGAAUUUGCCAA